CUCUGGACUCCAGUCUAUUCUGUAGUACUGUGAAGCGAGGCAGUCUUGCAGGAUGCGGGCGGGGUGGGUGUAUAUGAACUAAUGUAGCCUGAUCAAACAUCACAUUAUUACUUGCAAAGAUAUUCAGGUCUAAUUAUCAUGGCUGCAACCUCCCAACUGUUCAGGAUCGCCCAUGGCAGACAAUUUGGUCGGAUUUUGAUACCCGCCAUUACAUGCCAAAACUCCUGCCAGUCUCCUGUAUCCUGCACCAGUGCAACUCGGCCAUACGGUUUUCAUCAUUCACGCGGCUACAGGGCUUCAGCCGUGUGGCACACCUACUACCUGACCCCACCCCAGGUUGACAGCAUCUUAAAGGCGAAUGAGUACAGCUUCAAAGUUCCUGAAUUUGAUGGCAAAAACCUCAGUUCAAUCAUGGGCUUUGACAGCAACCAGUUACCUGCAAACGCACCCAUCGAGGACCGGCGAAGUGCCGCAACGUGCCUGCAGACACGCGGCAUGCUGUUUGGCGUGUUUGAUGGCCACGCCGGCUGUGCCUGUGCACAGGCGCUCAGCGAACGGCUUUUCUACUACAUAGCUGUUUCGUUGCUACCUCAUGAGACGUUGGUGGAACUGGAGAAUGCGGUGGAGAAUGGUCGGCCUCUUCAUCCGAUCCUGCAGUGGCACAAGCAUCCCAACGAUUACUUCAGUAAUGAAGCCUCACGGCUUUACUUCUCCAGCUUGCGCACAUAUUGGCAGGAGCUUCUGGAUCUGAGCGUUCCUGGAGAGCAACCUGACGUUGCCGAAGCACUCGUGAGCGCUUUUAAAAGGCUGGAUAAUGAUAUAUCUCUCGAAGCGCAGGUUGGUGAUCCUAAUGCGUUCUUGCACUACUGGGUACUUCGCGUGGCAUUCUCAGGAGCUACUGCAUGCGUUGCGCAUGUAGAUGGCAAUGAGCUGCACGUGGCCAACACCGGAGACGGGCGUGCAGUGCUGGGUGUACAAGAACCUGAUGGAUCCUUCUCAGCACUUACGCUCACCAAUGAUCACAAUGCGCAGAACGAGUCCGAAGUGCGUCGGGUGCGGGCCGAGCACCCGCGUUCCGAGGCAAAGACCGUGGUGAAGCAGGAUCGGCUGUUGGGGCUGCUCAUGCCCUUUCGCGCCUUUGGAGAUGUUAAAUUCAAGUGGAGCAUCGAGCUGCAGCGCCGCGUUCUCGAGUCAGGUCCGGACCAGCUUCAUGAGAAUGAGCAUGCCAAAUUCAUUCCCCCCAACUACCACACGCCACCCUACCUUACAGCAGAACCAGAGAUCACGCGGCAUCGCCUCCGUCCGCAGGACCGUUUCCUGGUCUUAGGCUCAGAUGGGCUGUGGGAAACGCUACAUAGGCAGGAAGUGGUUCGGCUCGUUGGUGAGCAUCUCACUGGAGUACAUCAGCAGCUACCGGUCAACGUCGGGGGCUUUAAAGUGACCCUGGGCCAGAUGCAGGGAUUGUUGCAGGAGAGGAAAGCUCGCAUCUCCUCCACGUUUGUGGAUCAGAUUUCAGCUACGCAUCUGAUUCGGCAUGCCGUGGGCAGUAAUGAGUUUGGGAUGGCGGAUCACGAGAGGUUGUCAAAGAUGCUAAGCUUGCCGGAAGAACUCGCUCGCAUGUACAGAGAUGAUAUCACGAUCAUCAUAGUGCAGUUUAACCCACAUGUCAUUGGUGGACAGUAGGACUAAACAUACUUUUCAUUUCACAUGCACUCUGUUACAAUGCUAAUCUUGUGCACAAUCUUGUUGAUGCAUUAUCAGCAAUAUCAGCACAGCAAAACCAAUAUCAGUGGAAUGUAUUCAUCUGUAUGUAUUUAUGUUCAUUUUUAUUUUCACAUAUUCAAGGCAGCUGCCUUUGAAGGGGUAAUCUUGAAAUCGCAGUAUAAGUGGUGUUUGUUGCCACUGUUAUGCUGUACUGUAUGUGGCAGUUAGGCCAAAUGGAGAAAGAAGUGCUAAGCCUAUAACAGACCCAAAACAAUAUUUAAGACUGGAACCUGCACACUGUUCAAAUGUACCUAUAUAUUUUCAGCACAUUUUGCACUGUGGAGAGACUUAAAGGGAAGAAUGUAAGGUUAAGAAGUGCCAAAAUCUGCUUUUAUGUCGUAUCAUUUUAAUGAAACUGCUAAUACAAAGGUCAUUUUGAAAUGGUGAGAUAAAAUGAGUAUGAAAGAAUGAAGUUUUAUUAUAGUUCAUUUUUGGAUUUAUUGGUUUUGUGGUUAUGGAGUUUAUGGAGAAGGUAAAAAGCAGCAGAAGUUUGGAUUUUGUUGCAGUUUUUAAUAUACACACACACAAAAUAUGUUUAAAUUAGUACUACGUUACAAAAAGUUUUUUGUGUAAAUCAUGGCUUUAGUAGAUGAUGUUUUUCAUAUCUUUGUUUAAUAAUCGUAGAAACAUGGUUACAUUCUUUAAAAAUACUGUUAAAUAAGUCUUCUUCAGAUUAGUAGAUGUAAAGUCUUUCCAGAUUAUCCUUAAUUGUUAUUUUAUUUGUAUUAUUAACAAUAACAAAAUAUUCUCUGUUACUUUCAUGUCAAUCUUACCUCGUCCAUUUUUUUUAAGUUUGUAAUGCUUCUGGCCAUUGAUUUCCAUUGAUUUGUGCAGAUUUGCUGGACCUUCAUGUAAGAGAAACAACAUGAGGUUCAGUAAAGGUUGAAGCGACAAAACGUACCAGAAAUGAAACGCACACAAACGCUUGUAUGCUGAAGGAAAUGUGAAUCUGAAGGAUUUGCUUUUUCUGGAUUGUGUUUCCAAAGUCAUUUAAUAGAUUUCAAUGUUGCAAGUGUUACAUUUUUCGAGUCAUUACAUUACAUGAGAUUAGAACUUCUCACUUCUUCCCUCCUUUGGUCAGUGUUGUUGGUCAGUUUAAAACCAUAACUCUGUGAUUGAACAUCUAGUCUGCUUUUUUGUUCUGUACUCUGCUCUUGCACAAGAACACACAGCUGAUUACCACAUGAAAUGUUAAGUAUGAUAGUAGAGCAGCACACAGUGUUAUUGGGGUAAUACUGUCAUAAAAAGUAUGGACAGUGAGUUUGCAAAAGUGUACAUAUGGAAAGCUUUUUAUUAAAAGCAUAAUACUUGAAGUAAGUGUAUGCUGCAGCUUGUUAAGUUAAGUUUAACAGGCUUUACCAAUGUUUUGCAGCAUGUAACCAAUGCAUUUAACGGUAUUACUAUAUGCUGGUGCAUGAACAUGACUUUUGUGAGCACACUUGCUUUUUUUGUAUUGACACUGUUUUAAUAAAAAUGUUGUUACCAAA